GCGGGCUCCGUUGAUGUUUUUGUUGCUGGUGCGAGGAGCCGGGUGGCCGUUACUCACCGUGUGAAUGAAAACCUGGCCGCUGACCAGUCUCGCGCCUUCGGCAGAAACAAAGCGGUUGUUCUCGCUGCGGCCGAAUCCGGGAGCGCAUUUCAAAGACAAAUCCUCCCAGCGCAAGAUCUCCCCGUAAUUACAUAUAAAAUCUUGUCAGGGCUGAAUGGAACCGGACGGAGCGUCGACGGAGGCCGGAGGUGAGAGCGAACCACCGGCGGCCGGGAAGGCGGCGAUCGCGGGAGCCGAGGGGGACCUGUGCGCUAUAGAAUCUUUGAAUAAGAAAUCAGGUUUAAGUGAGAUGCCCUCUUCUUCUGGAAAUACAUAUGCACCUGCAGGGAAAAAGCUUGGACACAGGGGAGUGGAUGCUUCUGGAGAAACUACAUACAAAAAGACAAGCUCAUCUACUCUCAAAGGAGCCAUUCAGCUGGGAAUUGGAUACACAGUAGGAAAUCUCAGCUCGAAGCCUGAAAGAGAUGUGCUGAUGCAAGAUUUCUAUGUGGUUGAAAGUAUAUUCUUUCCUAGUGAAGGUAGUAAUUUGACCCCAGCGCAUCAUUUUCCUGACUUCAGAUUCAAAACAUAUGCUCCAGUAGCAUUUCGUUACUUUAGGGAACUCUUUGGCAUUCGACCAGAUGACUAUUUGUAUUCAUUGUGCAAUGAGCCCUUAAUUGAACUCUCCAAUCCGGGUGCCAGUGGAUCUCUCUUUUAUGUGACAAGUGAUGAUGAAUUUAUUAUAAAGACUGUGAUAAACAAAGAAGCAGAAUUUCUGCAAAAGUUGCUUCCAGGUUAUUACAUGAACCUGAAUCAGAACCCAAGAACACUCUUGCCAAAGUUUUAUGGACUCUACUGUGUUCAGUCUGGUGGCAAAAACAUUCGAGUGGCAGUGAUGAAUAAUGUGUUGCCUCGAGUAGUGAAGAUGCACCUAAAGUAUGAUUUAAAAGGUUCAACCUAUAAACGGAGGGCUUCAAAAAAAGAACGUGAGAAGUCCAAACCAACAUUUAAAGACUUGGACUUCAUGCAGGAUUUCUCAGAUGGAUUGUUACUAGAUGCAGACACGAACUGUGCACUGAUUAAAACCCUGCAGAGAGAUUGUCUGGUGCUAGAGAGCUUUAAAAUCAUGGAUUACAGUUUGUUGUUAGGAGUUCACAAUUUGGACCAAGCAGAACGUGAGAGGCAGUUGGAGGGGUCACUAAGUACCUCUGAUGAAAAACGACCAAUUGCACAGAAAGCCCUCUAUUCCACAGCGAUGGAAUCUAUUCAAGGUGGAAGUUCACGGGGUGAAUCCAUUGACACAGAUGAUACGAUGGGUGGUAUUCCAGCAGCGAAUGGAAAAGGAGAGAGGCUGCUCUUGUACAUUGGUAUCAUUGACAUUUUACAGUCUUACAGGUUGAUCAAGAAACUGGAGCACACUUGGAAAGCACUUGUUCAUGAUGGUGACACUGUAUCAGUGCAUAGGCCAAGUUUCUAUGCUGAAAGGUUUUAUAAGUUUAUGAGCAACACUGUCUUCAGAAAGUCUUCAUCAUUGAAAUCAUCCCCAUCUAAGAGAGGACGAGCCUCUCUACCAGUUCCUAAAUAUGUUGGCCCAGGACAAGCCUUUUCAGCUAGUCAAAUUCCUACAGAAGAUGAAGAGAAGCGGUAUGACCUCCGGGGAGCUAGAAGCUUCCCAACCCUCGAAGAUGAAGGGUUUUUAGGCCGACCUGAUCUCCUUCCUUGUACCCCGCCUUCAUUUGAGGAAGCAACAACAGCUUCAAUAGCAACAACUCUGUCGUCAACAACAUCUUUAUCAAUGACAGAGCAAUCAGCAUCAGAAGGCUCAGAGCAUCAUCACCGUUAUAGGAAAACUACACUUUCCUCAGUGCAGGAUAUUGGAUCCAAUGAUGAGGCGGCAGUGGAAGCAAGUUUGCAGCAGGUCACGGUUGAAUUGGAAGCCAAGUCUGGAAUUGAGUCUGAAACUACACUGGAGGAAGGAACAGAAGAGGAGGAAGAAAAAACGGAAGUUCCUUCAGCAUCUGCACGUACAAGUUCUACUAUCACUUUGGAAGCAGACACUGUGAGCCAGAUCUCGGAGGCAGCCAGCCAUGCUUCUGAGGAAGCAGAAGAUGAUGAAGAUGAUGAGGAAGUUCCAGUAACAGACAUAUACUUUUGUACAGAAGAGAGGGCCUGGAUUUACUCUCCCCUUCACUAUGGUUCUCACGUCCGUUCAGUUUCAGAUGGAGAGAGUGAAACUUAAAUCUAUGCAGAUCAUUUUUGAAGAAUAAAGAAGGAAGUUCUUCCAGAGGAACAACUUGGUUAGAAGCAACGUCAUCAGAAUGAUACAACAACAUCGCUUAUUGUAGCUGGGUUCUGUGUGAUGACAUGCAGAAUGUGAAACUCAAGCAAAGGAAACAGCUGGAGCAGAGAUCAAUUUGGUAGAAUGGGAUCUCUGAAUCUUCUGGGAGGGGGGCAUGGUGGGAGUGGGUGCAGUGGUAUUUGUUAACAAUGUUUCUGCACAGCUCUGCUCACACAGCAACCGUAUCUUGUGGUUCUAUGUGGUCAUUUUUUGUCAGUGACAGAUCACUGUUCUUUAGCCUAUGUCCUUCUGAAGUGUGGUUGAUUAGACGUUUUCUUGACACAAAUUGAUUGCAGAGUGCCACAAUCAACCUAUUAGUGAAUGUAUGUUAUGUUGUUAAUAUCCAAGACCAACGCAUCAUUUGGUAAUGUUUCCAGUUGUGUGAUUCACUUGUAAGCAAUCAAGCUUAACUUUUUGUGCUGAGGUUAUUUUCCCUUUGGUAUUAAAAAACCAUAGUUUUAUUUGCUUAAAGGAAGUAGGAAGCUAAGUUAUACAUAAACAAUGGUAGCUAUAAACAUGGAAGCACAAUGCAUAACUAAACAUGUCUCAGAUGAUAAAAGUAUGUUUCCUUAUCUACAAUUAACAUGUGGUUCUUAUCUAUUUUACAAAUUUUUCACGGACUAUGGCAUUAGGGCAAGAAUCAUCAUGGGGUGGGGUCUGGAAGGUGAAUCAGUAUUGUCACUUGAGCUAAAAAUUCCACAUGUAUUUAAACCAAUUUAUUUUUAAAGCUGUAUGUAUUUUUUUGAAAUUGUGAUUCUUUUUUGACGAGGGAUAUAUUUUGUGUGCAGUGCAAAACUUCCCCAAGGACUCAGACACUGUCUGAAUCAGCAGAUUAGAUGCAAAGUAAUGAUUCCUCAAUAUAGUUUAAGUAUUUGUAUCAUGUACAGCAUAGGCUAUUUGUGUGGUAUAGUUUAUAUAAACUGCAAUAACGCCACCUCAUCACUAAGCUAAGGAACAAACCAUCCUGUGAAAUGAACGUUUCCAAAGUAUAUGUACUAGGCAAUUAUGCUUUCCUAACAGACUAUACUCUCCUAGAUGUGUUUCUAGUUUGGUCUCAAAAUUGCAAGUUACAAGUUUUUAUGUUUUGAAUUUUUAGAAAAUUAUAUGGCUAUAAUCCAAACAUUUAAUCUGUGCGUUGUAUGAUAAAUUGCUAUAUAUGUAUAUAUGACAAAUUUUCUUUCAUUUAUAAACAUUGCAUUGAAGUGGCCAUGAAAUAGGCUGCUGCAGUAGUCAGACUAUCUCCUCAGUUUGCAAACUGCGCAUCUUUCUUUCCUAUUAUAAUUUUUCAGAUAUUUAUUUUGUCAUGUGUGUUACAUUCCUAAUGCUGAUUCCAAAAUGGAUAGAUAGGUAUGACUAACUGACAUCUCUCAACUCAUCCGUCAUUUUUUAAAAAACCCCUACAUUACCUAUUCUUUGUUUUUUUUUAACUGCCAGUUCACCCCCACCACCUCCAACAUGUCAUUCUCCAAAAAAUUUAGGGAUGUCAGUACUACUUUAUAAGCCCUGGGAACUCAGUAGCAUUUAUAUGUAAUUCUUUUAAUCACUGGUUUGUUCUGCUUGAUAUUUGGUCUGAAUGUAUGAAACUGUCUAAUUUUAGCUAUGCUAUCUUACUGGUGUAAAUUCUAAUUUCCAGAUCUCUUGAUAUAAGCAAUUUAUGAGUGAAUGGAAUUAUUUUUUUAAUUGACUGUGAGGACUGUAGCACACAGCAAAUUGUUAAGAUUUGUGUAUUACUUGAAUAUGUGGAUUCCUGGAAUCUGAGGCUGGUAACUGGAAAUAUACAAGCAUCACACGAUUGACCAAUAUAGCAGAAUUAGAGAUUUUUUUUAAGCUUUGAGCGAGUUAGCUCCAAUUUUACUUUCCUAGAAUUAUAUAGAUUCUUGGAUUACCAGGUGGAUGGAGGAAGGGUUCCAGAAUUUUCUCAAAGUUUCCUUGGAAAAGGUAUAACACACCCACUGCCCACUAUCCCUGACCCUUGAUUGCAAGAUGGGGAAGGACCAUUCAUGAUGCUAUUGAGAAUCAUGAGUCCGUGUGUUGGCAGUACGUACUAAAAGUCCAGAGGAAAAGACAGAAGGAGUGCACACUUCUCUCACCACCCAUUUGUGCCCUGCCAUGCAUCACUUGCCCCAUUUGUGGUAUAAUAUGUGUGUCCCACAUCAUCCACCUCAGAACCAACAGAAUUGAAAUGGAAGCCAGUCAUAUUGGAUACUGAGGGACUGACUAUGAAGAGACUCCUGGGGUUGCCCUUUCUGCACUACUGAACUCUCUCAAGAUCAAGAGAAGCCUCCAAGUUAUAGAUUUUAUUGUACCUCUUGGAAAGUUUAAAGAAUAAGCUGCUACUGUUGUAUUUGCGUACCAAUUCAUACACAUGAAGCUUUAUGCAUUGCAGUGUUGCAGGUUCCAUGGAAAGGAGAUUGAAUAUUUAUCACAAAGAUGUAUGUAGAAAUACUAAAUAAGCUGUAGCCCCAAACCAGUGGUCCUUAUGGGAAUCUAAUUCUAUAAAUAUUGGGUGAAACAUAUUUUAGUAUAUCUUGUGUUCAAGAUAGAGUUUGUCAUCUAUUGUAAAAUUGUCAUCUUGGCUAUAACAUGGUAUUCUCUAUAUUCAAUCAGAACCUUGUGCAUUUGAGUUCAUUCCACAGUUAUAGCAUUCAAUCAAGAAAGUCAUUUCAGUGCAAUAUGGAAGGAGUGCUGCAAUGUCAGAGGUACAAUUUUUUCAGAUAAAAUCCUUUGUCUCAUUUCAUGGACAUAAGAGGCCCUGUAGCUCUGUGAAGAGAAACAUUUGCUUCUCUCCUAGCUAAUAUUAUUCAACUUAUAAUACCAUAAGCAGAUUAAUAAUUGAGUCUCAUUGGUGCUUUUGAGAUCUUAUGUGAGGCAUCCUGUUGUGUUUGCUUAUACAGAAGUGAGUACAUUUUGGAAAAAAAAGCAGGUCUUUCAGUUAAGAAUCUACUUUGGGGCAUUCAAGGAAAUGAUUCAUGGAGAAAGGCUGGUUCACUCUGUUGUGCUAAUGCUAGAUCAUUGAAAGAAUAAAUUAAAAACUAAAGAGCAAAUUAUUAAAAAGCAAUGAUUUUUAUUUUCUUUUUCAACAAUGUAGCAAUUCCCUUUUUAAAAGAAACUAUUAAAUUUGCUUUUAGCACCCUUUUCUGUAAUCAAAGUCACCUUAAGUCAAGAUUUCUUUUAAAUCUCAUCUUGCUCUUAAGACUUUUCCAGUUACCCCACAUGGGUGACUCCAGGUUACUGAUCCACCUUACACUCAAUAUAGUUUCACUAUCAAAUCCAGAGUCUUAAAUACCUCUGUUCAAUUCCUCUGCUUUACCUUAAGGAAACCAAUAUUGACCCCUCUGAUUGCUCCAUUUAGUUGAUGUUCCUCACCCUGUAGAAAUGUAAGAUUUGCAUUUGCUUCUGCUUGUUGCUGCGUCUAGAGUUAAAUUCAUUGGGUAGUGUACAGCUUUUAAUUUGUAUCAACUGUAUCAUUCUCACUGUUUCCAGUACAGACUAUCUUUCCAUUUACAUUGAAAAUAUAAAAUAGAAGAUAAUUCUUCUGAUACUCAGGUUGAAUAUACAGUAGUUUACUGGAUAUUUGUUUGGCAAUAAGAGUCUUAAUGAAUUAAUAAUUCAAGAUAAUCUAAACUAGAGAAGCCCAAUUGGUUUUUGACAGCUGUCUAAAUUGCACAUUAACUUAAUAUUUAAAGGUCACAGUGAGUUUUAUAUUGCUGGUUUGUAAGUUUAUUUGGUGAUUAUUUCAGUCUAUUUUUAUGCUGAUUGUUGCAUCCUGCUACAGCAUGCUCUGUGCCAUUAAUUUAUAUUGUCGACCACACUAAAGGAUUAACAAUUAAUGGUAUUACCAAAAGUUUAUUGAGUACUACGUGAAUUACCAAACUCAUGCAGUCAGUAGCUGUUGGCAAAAAGGUAUUUUAUCAUUGAAGGCAUGAUGUUAAGCAAUAUUAUAAAUAAAGCUUAGUUUUAAUACAAAAUAUUUAAACAUUUUCUAAUCCUAAAACAAAAAAUAAUUACUUGUAUAAAUCUUAUAUGAAAAAGAAUACUUGAAUGUGUUUCUCUGUGUAUGUGUACUCAUUUUGUUAUUGCAGCUUGAAUUUCUUGUGCUAUACAUUUGUUUUUAAAAUUGACUUGUCGUUUAUUUUGCUUAAAAAUUCACUGGUGCUAUAAGUCACUAGAUGAAAUGUGAGAAUCUAUUAAGAUAAGUCAUUGCUAACUCCAGCUUCCAAUUUGCUCAGCUUCUAUUAACGUACUGAAUUUGGGAGCGCCCUAACAAUGGAGGCUGAGGUAUAAUAUAUUGAUUCAGUACAGAUGAGCAUUCAUACCAUUCAGAUAAAGAGGGUUGGAGAGGUGUACUUUUGCAAUAUUUUUCACUGAUGCAGUUUAUCUGCACCUUAUCCUCCAUUUAUUUGUAUUUAGUAUAUCAUUUAAAUGUAUUUUCACAUUUUAUAGAUGUUAAGUAAUCAUACAUGCCAUGUGUUUGGUUUAUGAGGACUUGGGAUUGAUUUGAUCCACAUGCUGUGAGCCCGUGAUAAAGUGUAAAUCUGUAUAAUGUGAAUUAACUGAUUUAAUGUGGAAUUAUCCAAUACGUAAAAUUCAUUUAUUUAUUCAGUUAUUUAUUGAGCAAUUUCUCCACUUGGUGGAUGGAUAUGAAAUGUAUCCUUACAACCCUUACUAAAUUGAUUUAAUAGACUGUACUGUAGCAGUUUAUGUUUUCAUGUUUUAUCCCAGCUAUGUACCUACUGUGCAAAUAUUUUGAAGGGUAUAAUAUAUAUCUGUACAUAAUUGACUUUUUUGCUAUUUUCAACAUUCAUUUCCUUCUCAGACCAAUGUCAAUGUCAAUUAAUGAUUGAAGCACAAAGUACCUACAGUGUUUCUUUACUGCUUUUUAUCCUAAGUAUGUGCACAUGGUUCUUAUGAAAAUGAAUGAAUAUACCUUCCCAAAGUAAGUUAAUCUGUGUGAUUUACUUUUUCUGGCAGAAGUCUGAUGCUCUGACUUGCUGGAAUCACUUAUAUAUCCCCAAGUCAAAUGCUUUGUACAGGCUGUUUCCAGGGUACCCAACAGAUUGGCAUCCCCUACAUAUGAAUGAACUCCUGUCAACUAUUUGAUGCACGGACAUAGAUUCAUUCUUGUUUUUUGUAAUUGUUCUUUCAUGAUUUUGAGGGCAUACUUUAUAAUGCUGUGGAGGAUUAGUUACCAUAGUGAGGAAUAUUUACGUAUUUUGCAACCUUCUGGACCUCUGUUAAUAGCUUGUAUUUAAUCAAAUGAAAAUUGAUUUUCAUGGCUACAUUCAGUUUUGAAAUUAUACCUUUGCACCCAGAAAUGUGAUUAUAUUAAAUUCUGAAAUGGGAUGGAGUUUUUGAAGUAUCAAGCAAUUUUGUCCCCAUUUGUUACUAUAUAAAGUACAUUUUUUCAUGGUGCCAAAUGAGUCAAUGAAUUUAAGAAUCAAUUGUCUGAAAUUAUUUUUGAAUGCCUUAAUGAUGGGAGUGUUUUUUUAAAGAGAAAUUAUAAAUGAUCCAAGUAGUUCUAAUCACCCUCCAGGUUGGAUGUCAGAGCUGUCCAAAGUUAGUCUUCAUGGAGCAUUUUCAGCUGGCUUUAGUACUGUGGUUUAGGAGAAAAGAUGAUCAGCCAGUGCUACUUGUCCAUGAGUGACAGUUUGCAAUGUUGUCAGUUUAUGCUAUCAUACUCUGUAUUUCCCAUAUGAUAUGGCCACUAGAGUGAGGUAUAAAGGCCAGUACAUUACUGUUGAGCUAAAUACAAGCUGGCCUUGCUGAGUACAUUAGGGGAUUUGAAUUGGAAUGGAAAGGUGGGAAAAAUUAAUCCAAUCAACAAAAAGAAGCAGCUGGAUUAAAAUCUCUCCUAUGCAGUGAAUAUACUCAACAGAUUCUGAUGUUAAUGUCAUUUAUUUAAAAUUCUCAGCAUGUCAACACAUUGGUAGCUGAAAUACUAUCUGUUGUAACUUAAACCUGGAACAAAAACUCUUAUAUUAAAGUUACCAUUAGAUUAAGUCUUCCUGAUAUAGAUAUGGAUCAACAUGUCAUUGUCACAGUUAGUAUUAUCACAGAACUAAAAACUGCAUACUUUGCAAACGGAAUCCUUUUACAUCAAAGAAAGUGGCAGAAACCUUGGGUAGUUUUAAUUCUGUUUGAAGACCAAUAGGUUAUGGAGCAUUAGUAUAUUUUAUAUUUAAUUAACAGUUGAGCUGAAAAUGUGAUUCUGCCUGCAUCCUGAGAUAAUUCAAAAUUGGAUUCUUAGUUAACAGCUAUUGAGGAAUUUACUAUUUGCAUGUUAAUAAAACUGCUUUUGUAAAGUUCCUGAUAUUUUCUUCUACAUGAAGUAAUUUUGUUUGUAAUUUUUAAGUUUAUGUUAAUAACAGCUAUCGUAGUUAGAGGGAAAUAAUAGUAGGGUAAAGAAGAAGAAGAAUACCCCUUAACUUGGCAAUGAAGUUAUUGGGGCACCGUCAUGACAGUGUUUCCGUAGCAAGCUAUUCUUGUUUUUACGAGACCGAGUUGCUAGCUCGACGCUCAACCUGGCUUGGAUUCGAACUCAGGAACCUUCGCUCCAGAGCUGAUGUUAUUGCGCCACCAAGUGAAACAGUAGGGUAAACAAGUGUAGAAUUCAGUUUUUAAGGCAUUAAAAAUAAUUCGAUGUUUUAAAUUAACCUUUAGUCAUUAGAUUUCACUACCAAUUAUAAGAGUUAUCAGAAAUAAGGGGUAAUAUAAACAAGUCAUUUAGCAGAAAUAGUUUUAAUUUGCAUGCCAGUAGCUCUCUCACCCUGUGAAAUUUGCAGCUGGGUGCUUUUUUAAGUGCUGCUCCAGAGAUAUAAGUGCAAAAGUGAUUUGGGUCAAUCCUCCAUUGCAACAGGGGAGGCACAGUGGUGCAGCUAGAAAUGCUCCAAAGUGCAAUCCUGAUCUUGGUUGUGGUCUAUAUGGAGUUUGCAUGUUCUCUCUGUGACUAACUGGAUUUCUAUCUCAUUAUUGUUUCCUCCCAAAUCUCAAAGAUGUGCAAGUUGUUUUGUUAAUUAUGCACCGUAAAUUGCCCUUGGUGUGUAGGAGAGUGGUAAAAUCUUGGUGGUUUGUUAGAAUGUGAGCAAAAUGGGACCAAUGUAUAGAAUCUUACAGUACAGAGGCAGGCCCUUUCAGACCACCUCACCCGUGUCACCACGAUACUUAUCUACACUAAUCCUAUUUGCCCACAUUUGGCAUGUAUCUCUCUUUGCCUUUCAACUAUAGUAUUAGUGUAAAAAGGAGGUUGACGGUCAGUGUGGACUCAUUGGACCAGCAGGCCUCUUUCCAUGUUUUAUCUUUCUAACUCAUACUGCGGAGCUGCUGAAUUUUGGUUACGUUGACUGUCCUUUGGAUGGAUCCUAAAGAUACAAAGAGUUUAAAAAUAUUAUUCUAACCAAAAUUUAUUCUUUAAUGAAUGUGUAAAAGAAUUUACCUUCACUGUAAAAGAAUUUCAUCACUAUGAGAGACUUUACUCUGUUAGGGAACAGAAAUAAAGAUACAGACCUCGGUAUACAGUUAACCUUUUAUUACGUGAUCACUGGGAGCCAUUGUUUUAUGACUCCGAUAAUGUCAGGUUACAUCUUGAAUUUAUACAGUAAAUUUUGGGCAACCAACAGCUAAACAUACUUGAUCAGCGAAUCCAAAGGCACUUGUUAGGUAUUAGCAAGAUUACUAACGUUCCCGCGCAAUACACAAAAAUAGAGACGUGUCUACAGUUAAUUCCUCUACUUGCUAGGCAAUCUUGGAAAAAGAUUAACAAUAUCUCAUUACUGGCAUCAUCUAUGUCGGACUAUUGUUAGCUCACACAAGCAAGGCAGCGUCUGCCUCUUAUCCCAUCACCCUCAUGACCCAAAUCUUAAGCAAUAUCUAGCUAGUCAAGCUUGACAACAACAUUUAAUUCAAAAUUAUUGUAACUUACAAUUUUCUUCCACAGAGCAUUAUGGGAAAGCUAUCAUAUUUAUGUUAUGGUUGUGUGGAAAGUGGCAGUGGUUUCCUCCGUUACAGCAGUAUCUAUACAUUAGAGUUACUUAAUUGGCCUUGGGUACAUUGGGCCAUUAUGAAAGUGCAUGAAAAAUGCAAUAUAAAUGGAAGCUCAUUUGUGCCCUUAUCAGGAAAUGGGAAGAAUAGAAUAGAGGAUAUUAUAUAAUUAUCUGAUUAAUCUCUAUUGAAGGAGUCUCAGUUCAGUCUGUGUAAUUUGCCUCUACACAACUCUAAUUGUUGUCUGUGGGAACUUGCUGAAUAUGAAAAGGCUGUUUCACUUGCAGUCAUUGCAUUUCAUCGUAAUUCAUUGUAUAUGAUCUACUAUGAGACAUGAAUUGUGGUAAAGCACUAGAUAAAUGAACUUUAUCUACCCUUUUGAAAUGUUUUUAAAACAGUUUUGUCGAGAAUUUUAAAAUCCAGGAACACACAGCAUACCAGAUAACAGUUUUGGGGAAAAAAAGACAAGAUUUCAUUUGAAAUAUUCAUCUGUCACUAUGUAUAUUUCAUAGGCUGUGGUGAAUUUUGAGUAAUUUUUGUUACAUAGUUUUUAACUCAUUUGAUACACAGGACCUAUUUUGGAUGAACUAUUAACGCUAAUUAUUGCAGGUGAUUUUCUAAGAUUGACUGUAAAUCCAUAAGAUGUUGAUCUGUAUGGAGUUUUAGGAACAAAGAGAGUAGGAAUUUUCUAAGCAAUCAUUACGUGAUGGAGGGAGAAGUAUAUUUUGAAGAGAAAAUUAACCAUCUUUUCUUUGUCUUGUAGAUUCAGUAAAUGUUGGUGCAAGAAAUAGUUGCUGAUUUUAUAAGUUGGCCUUGCCUUAUGAGUCUACAUAAUAGAUCAAACAAUCUAUAUCUCAUUGUUUAGUAUCUGCUGAAACUUAAAUAUUCUAUAUUCUAUAUAAAUGUGUAGAAAAUCUCAAUAUUUUUACUUUUCCUAAAUCAAUAUUGCUAUAAAAAUACUGCUAACUAGUUAGUUUAAACAUGAAUUAAUGCAGGUUCUGUGACCAACUCGUUUCCCUCCUUGUUAAAUUUACAUUGUACAAUCACAAGCAUAUUUCUUUUAGGGUGUAUUUCUUUAAUUGAAGAUUUUACCAAUAGUGGUGGCUUCUUGUGUUUUCAAGGAUUAAUAAAGAUAAGUCCACAUUUUAGUUGGGCUGCAGUGAGGUCAAAAUGAGGAAAAACAUUAGAAUCCUUUAUAUCAGGGAUGUUUUUCUGUUUGUUUUAAUCUAUCUUGCCAUCACUGUUUUCACUUUGUCCUGAGUUUGUUACCAGGUUUCGAUGUGCACAGAAGGCUGCCAACAGUAGUUGACAUUGCUACUAUUUGUACAUGAUUGCUGUUUCAGGAGUUGAUGGCAUUAAUGUAGCAAAUUUAAAAAAAUGCCACGAAAGUUUCUGUGACAGUACACAACUGCAACCAACCUACUGAGAUUAUAUGUACAGUACUUUGGUCUUAUUUUUCCUCUCUAUUCUCAAUAGAGGAGUUGUGUUCAAUCUCAGACUGACCUCAGAGUAAUUCCAGUUUAUUUGUGUGCCUUUGCAUGCAAGGUGGUUUGGAGUAAAAGAGUAAACAGUAGCAUAAUUAGCAACAGUAGCACUGCUUGUUAUUUUUUGGAAUGUUUUAAAAUAGGCUAUUUAUUCAGCUGAGUAGUUAGUACGUUUUCAGCAAAUAUCAAAGUUGUCCCUAGGAGUACAAUAGAGUGUGGCUUGUUUUUAACUGGUUAAAGAUGAGAAGUAUCCAAGAACAUUACUACACCCUAUCUCCCAAACUCAGGCUGCAUCAAAUAUUUUGAGCAAUUUAAUGUUGAUGAAUACAGGACUGUGGGAGUAGUUUGAAGGAUAAAAUUAGAAGUGUAAUGAUGUUUUAGAUUUAAAUGUAGUAUUUCCUACAGAAAAAAACUGUACCAAUUGACUAAAACAAGUGACAAAACCAUUCUGCUUAUUUCAUUGCAAUUCACUUAAGACUUUAUCAUAUAUUUGCCUUUUAGAUUAGACCAGACUCCUCUUAUUGACCAGCGGUAACAAUGACUAAAAGAAGAUUGGGAGAAAAUUUGGUUGGGGAAGUUUUCACAACAGAAAUUGAAAUUGUUAUGAAUCUAGAAUGAUCCAGAAUAAAUAAAAGUUUCAUCAAAUAUCAUAAAUGUUUUAUACAAGAAAAAUUAUUUUAAUAGCGUAUAAAAAUAAUAUCUAAGGCAAACCUUCCAUUCCUAAUGUUAGAUUUAAAGUUGUAGUUGUAAAACUUACUUUUCACUCCUCUUCAUGCAUUCUCCAUGUUCCUCCUGAGUUCAUCAUGUUUUCUAUAUUCUAUCACAGGUAGUAGGAAUCUUGAUACAAGGAUUAGUGAUUGUAGACAUAGCCAGUUGUUUGCCGUAGUGUCUCUUUUUGUCUUUGAAGUGCAUGGGAGAGGACAGGGAGAAGUCUUGUUGCUCUCUAAUUUCAGGAUUACACAUCUGCCAGAAAAAUAUAAUUUCUGUACAAUAUUACAAAAAAAACAAAAUAGGACUACACAUGCAUCCGCUUAAGUAACAUUGAGCAAUGUUACUGAGGUAAUUGUUUCAUUACUUGUGGUUUUAAUCACAUCGUAAACUUCAAUGCUCUAAGGAGUACUACAAAUAUGAUUUUCAUCUCUGGUAAUGUACUCAACUUGAGUUUACAAACUCCUUUCGACUUCUAAUUUAAUUCCUGGCUCCUUCAUUUCUACUCCUGAAUUGUUUAUCAUCUACUCAGAGGUUUGAGUAUUGUAGAACAGUUCAUUAUUGAAUUUUUGGCAGGGAUUAUUAUAGGUUGGGACUUGUUGACAAAUUGCUGACUUGAUUAGGAAAGACAAUAGAUUGCUGAACAAUAUAAACUAGAAAUACCCAGAUAUAUGCUGUGUUACCAUCAUCAUUGGUAUAUGCAGGGCCUCCACAUUUGUCAUUAUACCCCUGGAUCAGUGAGUAUAACAUUAUUUGCGUUCUCUACUCCUGAUUAUGUUCAGUAACUUCUAGAUCAGGACAACAUCUGUCUAAACAUUGUACCUUCCCAGUUCACAUAAUUAUUCUGAUAGUUUUACUGACCAAAUAGAUAAGUCACCAUAGAGUUGCUGUGAAGCUAUCUCCUAUAUUGAUCAUUUUCAUUCAUGGUGACAAAGUUGAGGGAAAAGCAAUGGUUACUGCUGUAAAUUUGGUAAUUAGCAUAGGUCUGUUAAUCCUUCCCAGUACUUCCAUAACUGGUUAAUCAGAUUGAAUUUUCCUAUAGCAUUUCCAGAAUUAUCGAAGAAGAAUAUCAGUGAGUGAAGGCACCAUAAGCAUCCUACAGCAUUUGCCAUCUUGUUUAUGAUGUAAUUACUGUCUAUCAGCAGAGAUGCAAUAAAACAGCUAAACAUGUUUGCAUUUUGUCCAGAAUGAUUGCAUGCAUUGACGCUUUGCAAAAUGAAGAACUCUCACUUAUUUAUUGUAGCUAUAUGUGUAUCACUAGCAUGACAAAGCUGCGGUGGGAAUUAAAGUUUACUUCUGGGAAAUCUCACUUAAUAAAUUUGAGCAUUGUCAGCACUACAGCAAAAUUAUAGCAUUUGUAAAUUUAAAUUAUGGAAUAUUACUUUAAAUUUGCAGAGAAGCAGACUAGUAUACUUAUCACAAAAUUUAUUUGACAGGAAAAUUAAAAUUGGGUAUCUGUGACAUGCUGUUAUCUGUUUCUUAUUGUAUUGUUAUUAAAGCUUACAGGCCCAGGGCUCAACUAACUUCUGUAUAUACGCAGAUUUUUGUAUAUACUAUUUGUUAAUGACUGUACAUAAAAAGCCAUGGAAAUAUUUCCCCCUCUUUGAUGUAUUUCUACAUCAAAUACUGUUUGAUAUUGAUUAUUGUAUUAGUGCCUGUCAGCUGGCAAAUAGUUCACAAUCAGUUGUUAUAAGCUAUAAGCAGUGUGAACCUGCUUAUUAUUAUGUCUGAUCAAUAAGUCAUAUUUCAGUUAAUGAAUAUUCAGCUAGUGUGUUGAAGUAGUACUACUACUGCAUACCGAUAUUCUUUUGAAUCUGUCUUUAUUGACAUUUUGAAUCCUUACUGUUCAAUAAGCUCAAAGCAUUUUUCCCAACUCCAAGUCUGGCAAAUGACUAGGCACUUAAAUGAACUCAUUGUAUUAAAAUGGACAGUAUGGGUGACAAGUACAUAUUUUUAUUCCUGAUUUGAACAAUUAGGUUUGUGAAGUUGAGUGAAAUUUGUUUGAUAGAUCUUUUGUUCUUGCUGCUGUUUUUUUUCUUAUGAAAUAUCAACAUUAUAAUAAACACUACAUUGCUGACUGA